AUGAAGAGACUUUUGAUAUUUUUUAUAGCAAUUAACUUUGUUUUAUGUAAAAAUCACACAAAUUAUCGUAAAAUCGGAGCAAUUGAGUACGAAGCUGAUGAAUAUCCUUUGUACGUUGUCGAUAUUCGAAAUUAUGACUUACUUGGCGGAUUUUAUCAGCACAAAUGUAUGGGAACGUUGCUCAGUCAAACAUGGGUCAUAAGUGCGAAACAUUGUUACACAAAACUCUCAGCAAGUGAUGUCGCUGUAUUUCACGGAGACGUUUACAUUUACAACGCCAUCAGUUACAAAGUUUACAAAAUCAUUCUUCACGAUAAAGGCGAUUUGGCAUUACUUAACAUUGAGCGAAUCAAUGUUCCAGACAAAUUUAUUCCAAAAUUGAGCAGAAAACGAUGUCCUCAAGACGUUCGAGCUGUUUAUCAUAGUUGGGGCGGAACAGGACAUCCAAUUUUUGUGAUUUCACGAUAUCUCUUGUACUCGACAAAUGACGUCAAUGUUUGGGCUUGUCCUUAUCCGGCGAAUAACAUUUGCUUUAGACCUGUAGAUGGCACAAUUCCCAUGGAAGGCGAUUCUGGAUCAGGAUUCAUUACAGGUUAUGGUCCAGGUCCAAUGUUUCCUGAAUCGCGCGAUAUUAAAAUCAUUGGAGUGAUGGAAGCAAAGUAUCAAGCUCCGCAAUUCAAUAGUACGGAGUUUUUGGAUAUGUCAUUAGCGGAAAGGCUUUCCGAUUAUAUUCCGUGGAUAACGAAAUAUGUACCGAAUUUGACAAUUUUGUCAUAA